AUGACCCUCCAUCACCCACAAGCGCGCUCGCCGUCGAGCUUCGCCUUCCCCUCGCCCUCGCUCUCCACCUCGGCACGCUCGCCCGCACGCGACCCAGCACACCCUCGAGGCGCGCCCUCGCUCGGCGCAGCGUUCCAGUACCCGGUCCGCGGCGACUCGCUCCAGCAGCACGGCGCGCAGCACGCGACCCAGGCCAGCACCUCGUCGUCGUCGACCACCUCGAGCAGCUCCAACUUUCGGUCGCCGUCGACCGCGCGCUCGGCCGUGUCGAGCACAUACACGAGCUUCACGAGCGACUCGUACGACCACGACGACGCGUGCGACGACGGCUAUUCGGACGCCGGCAGCGUCCUCGACUCGCUGUACCGCGACUUUAGCUCGGCGCGUCUCGACGACUCGCCGCCGCGGUUCCACAAGCACACGCCCAGCUCCGACUCGACCAUGCAGCUCCGCGAGCGCACCCGGUACCGCUCGUCCGCGUCGUUCGCCCCGGGCGCCGUCGCCGCACCCUCGUCGGCACCUCCGGGCGAGCCGCCCCACCACCACCAGCUCGAGGGCGCGUUCGGCCACCUGUCGCUCGCGCCGUCCUCCGCCGCCGGCCCCGACUCGCACAUGGACCUCCUCGCCGCCCUUGCCGCCACGUCGUCGGCCCUCGACCGGUGCUUCUGCGGCGCCGAGCCCGAGGAGGACUCGAUCUACUGCUCGCGCGCGUGCGCCCAGGCCGACGCGCUCAACGCCUUGUGCGGCACGAGCUCGAGCGCCGAGGACGCCGCGAGCAGCUCGGACGCGGCGAGCCUGCGCAGCGGGUCGAGCGGCGGCAGCGGUGAGAGCGGCGGCGGGAUCGACUCGCACUACCGCCGCGUGAGGAGGGAGGAGGAGCGCCGGGCCAAGGAGCGCGAGCGCGCCCAGCGCAAGGAGGACAAGGCGCGCAAGGCUCGCGCACUCGAGGAGCGCGAGCGCGUGCAGGCCGGCGAGCGGCAGAGCGCGGCCGGCUCGCUGCGCCGGAGCAACGGCGACGUCGGGUCGUCCAGGUCGUCGUCGCACGAGUCGUUCGCGCCGCCGCCUCGCACCUCGUCUCGACGCACACCUUCCCUCUCGUCGUCCGUCUCGUCCCUCGCCUCGUCCGCCGCGCCGUCGCCCAUCUCGCCGGCGUUCCCUCAUCACGCCGCCUUCCCUCCUCACCGCGCCUCUUCCUCCUCCUCGUCGCCCUUCAUUGUCGAGCCCCCGACACCCUCGACCUACUCGUUCCACGACGCGCCACUCGGCCCUGUCGCCGAAGAGGAGCUCCUCGCCCGGCCCUGCACGCCCAACCCGAGGGCGCACCACCAGUCGUCCGGCGCGCACUCGCCGGCGAGCCCGGCCCACCUCGACGCGAGCGACAUCUACUCGUCGUACCUCCUCACGACGCCUCAAGCCGGCGACAAGCUCCGCACGCCGACGCAGCUCCCGCACACCUACUACUCGGGCUCGGGCUCCGGGUCCGGGUCCGGGUGCAACUCGACGCCGCGCGCCGCGUUCCCGCACACGCCCGGCGGGCCCGACGACCUCGACAACUCGCCGACGCAGCGCGGCUCGAGUACCGGCGCCGGCGCGGCGGGCACGGCGGGCGUCGGCCUGCGCAUGCUCGAGCUGUGCGACUCGGACGACGAGUACGACGAGGACGAGGUGGCGCCGCUGCGGGUCGGGCACCGCCGUGCGGCGCCGCUCGGUGGCGGGCACACCAAGGGCAAGCUGUCGUUCGACGACGUCGUCGGGAUCCUGAGCGGGUGA